AUGUCGAUGAGCUGUGCAGAAGAGCGUAAUAGGAUGUUGGGAUUCAUCAACAGGUCUACUCGUGGAAUGACAAGCUCUGCAGUCUUAAGGACUCUCUACUCAUCCUUCGUUCGCCAGUUAUUGGAAUAUGCGAGUCCUGUUUGGUCUCCCUACCAGCUGGGUCUUGUUGACAAACCAUUCCUGAGACUGGUGGGACUGCGGCGAGGACUGCUGUUUAGAGACAUUCCUGUUGCUGAGCUGCAGGCCGAGCUUCUUCUCCCAGAUCUUCGGACCAGGCGCUGUGUGGCGGAUGUCUUGUUACUGAUUCGGCUGAUAAGGGGGGAGCUGGACUGCCCGUCGCUGCUUUCGCGAGUGGAUUUUCGUAUACCAUCGGGGACUCGUUCGAGGGAGUUGUUUGGGAGGCGCCAAUAUUCAAGAAAACUAUGA